GCCCCCGAGCAGUGGGCGGUUGUCGUGGGGCGCUCUUCGUGCAAGCGGAGGCGCGAAGGGUGCCGGGAGUCCGGGGUCCGGUACCCGGCUGGCCCCUUCUGGUCUUUUGACUCCCAGAUUUGCGCUCCUCGAUCUGGGGAAAUUAAGGGUCGGUCGGGAGUUUAGGGUUGUUAGCUGUUUUCUCCUUGAUUAUCUGAGUGCUCAUCUCCAACCCACUGAGAGUUGUACUCACUUCCCCUGAAAAGGAGGGCUCAUUUGAGUAUCCGGGGGCGGAAAAGGGUGCAGUUGAAGGUAUCUCCUUAGAAAAAAAUUAAAAGCACUUUUGCACACGAUUUUUAAAAGGUUCAAAGAUCGCCAGUUAAGUACCCGGGCUCACGACAUUGCACCUGGAGGGAAUUGAGUGCAGCCCUAGCACUUGAUGGCCAGCAGGGCAGUGAACUUCGUUCUCCACAGAGUUAAAGUUGAUACUGUUUGUGGGGUGCGGCUUUCCUAUCAUCGUGCAGACAAAACACAGAAAUUCUUAAAUGGGGUGACCGGAAGGUCACUGUUCUCGACCUCGGUGUAAAGUAUAAAACCUUUUGUGGUAAAGAAGAACCAGUUUCAGAAGUUUUUUGUCCCUGCUCGUAAAGAUACAAUAUUUUUGCUUGUGUUUUGUUGCUGUAGUAAAAUCAGGAAGAAGAAUUCCUUUGCAUGGAAAAUGAUACUUAUAAGUAUCAAGCCCAUUGCUUGGGCAUAUUCUAUGAUAACAUUAGGGACUGAAAUGCUAAAUUCUGUCUUCAGUUUCUACUCUGUGAAGCUUUUUUUACAUCUGUACAAGAUUUCAGAAGUGGCCUUUUACCAAGCCCAGAUGAUUUUAAUGAUCUGGAAUGCUCUUCAUGACCUGACUGGGUAUUUUCACAACAACUCUCAGGCCGACUGCUGUUCCAGUCAACAUUGUUCUGUUUUUUACGGUGCCCCUUUAUACUCAGUAGUCUUCCUGCUUCCUUGGUUCCCUUGGAAAUACUAUCAAGAAGGUGACUGGCUUAGUGGACUUCACCUGGUGGUAUCAUUAUGUGCUUUUGAUAGCACACUUACCUUUGUUCAGCAAGCCCAGUGUACACUGUUUGCAGAGAUUUUCACGAGACAAGAAAGUCGGCUUCAGCUUAUUAAAAUUAGCCAAAUGACAUCACUGGUAGGAUCCACCAGUGUCCUUUUCUGUGCCCUCAUCUCCGAUAACAUGGAAAUUUUACUCAAUUUUCAGGCUGUUGCUGUGGUCAUUGCUAUUCUUGCCAUGGCCAGCAUUUACACUGGCAUAUACCAUAUGAAACACUUUGAACCUACAAGAAGCCCUGGGGAAAACCUUUUCUCAGAAAGUGAACAGGAUCUCCCCUGGACCUCCAUGGUCUCACUGAUAAGACAGAUCUUGACCCAGAAAAACUUUCACCUUUUUCUGAUAACGAAUUUCUUCCAAGUCUUCCAUUUAACCUUCUUCAAUAACUUCAUGAUGAUCUUUGCAGAUAAUCUCAUUCCUAAGGAUGUUCUUCCUUCUUCCAUAAGGAGCAUCAUGUAUGGGGCAGGCUUUAUUUGCCCACAGUGCCUUGUACUUAUCAGUCAGUCCUGGCUGAAGAAGUGUGGUUACUAUAAAAUUAUCUUAAUUUCUUUCUACCUAGAAGGAACAGCCUCCAUUGUCAUGUUAUUUCUCGGACAGCAAUAUUAUUACUUUUUGGCUCUUUACCUCACUAUUAUCAUGGUGAUUGUGCAAGCUUCUUUUCGCUUGUUUAACCUGCCACUAGCUGACAUGGUUGAUGCAGAUUUACUGAAGUUCAAUCGUCAGUUACCCCUUUCCUCAAUGGUUUUUGGCAUCAAUGCUUUGUUUACAAAACCAGCUCCCAUGAUGAUACUCUCUAAGCUAAAAGAGUUUGGAUACGGAAACCCAGAAAAAAGUACAAUUUUAGAUCUUCAUGAUGCUAUGUUUAAUUCGAUUUGCCUGGUCCCCCUGGGCAUUGCAGUAAUUCAGAUUCUGGUUUGGAGCCCAUUCUCACUCAGGAACAAGACAGACUACACAGGGGCUCUUUAA